GGGCCAAGCUUUGCCUGGACAGGCCAAGCCGCAUCAUCAAAACUUGAACCUCUUAACUUUAGGUUACACAAUGGAUCCAUCCAUGUCAACAUUCUUCUUACUACAUAGUAACUAACUAUGGAUAUUUACAUAUUACAUACUAUGUAUUCGUAUAUGUAUUCGUAUAUGUAUACAACAACCAACUCCUUUCUACACUUCCGUGCCGCACACUUAUCCUAUUCCUAUAAAACACUACCUAACCUCUUCAACAUCAAUAUACCCCUUGUUUAAUAUACCAAUUAUAACCCAAUUACCUCAUGGUCCAUCUGUCAAAUACCUAAUGAACCUUCUGUCUCGCCCGCUUCAUCCGGAACGGGGUUGGAAGGGGAGAGCUUUCGUAAUGCCAUAGCUUUUUUUGCCAGACCCACGACCGUCUACUCUUUUUUCUACUUAUACAUGUCCAAAUAUUGAAUUGGAACAGCAGUGUUCAGUGUUGGGUAUUAAUAAUCUAGAUGCUCCUCAAGUACCGCCGCUUCAGGCGUAACUACGUGCGCCCCGUCCUCCUAACCCUGUUCUUCAUCUUCCUCAUCGAUGCCUGCUUCCUCGUGCGCCGACGCCCCCAUACCCACCGCGCAAACCUAGACGACGACCGACGAUCCUUCGCUUUCACCUCCCCGGCCGGCAACGUCUCGGUCUUCAUCGCGUCGGUACAUCGUAAUACGGAACUGAUACAAAAGUCGGCAUGGAACGAGGCCAUCUUGAAUCUGGUCGACUACCUAGGCCCCGAGAACGUCCACGUGUCCGCCGUCGAGUCGGGUUCGCAGGAUGAGACGAAGCAGGCAUUGAUGGAACUCAAGGACGCCCUCGACCAGAGAGGGGCCUCGAAUACGGUCAGCUUGGGGUUGACGGUGUGGGAGCAAUUGGACGAAAUCGACGCGCGGCCGUCGCCGGACGCCAGAAGAGAGCCUGGAUGGAUUUGGAACGCUGCCGAAGAUCAAUUCGAGCUGCGCCGGAUACCCUACCUUUCCAGGGUGCGCAACCAGGCUAUGGAACCGCUUAAACAGCUGGAGAGUGAAGGGAAACGGUUUGAUAAGGUGCUCUGGGUGAACGAUGUGGUGUUCGAUACCGAGGAUAUCGUCACGCUCUUAAAUACUCGUGAUAAUGAAUAUGCAGCCGCUUGCUCCAUGGAUUAUAAGUCGUCGCCUCAAUACUACGACACGUUUGCGCUCCGAGAUGACUUGGGUUUGAAGACGAUAUCCCUUUACUGGCCGUGGUUCCAGUCUCCUCUCGCGAGGGCAUCAGCCGAGCUUAACCAGCCCAUCCGUGUCACUUCGUGCUGGAACGGGAUCGUAGCUUUCGACGCGGCGCCCUUCUAUGCCAACCCCCCUUUACAAUUCCGCGGCAUCGACGAUAGUCUUGCCGAUUUCCACCUCGAAGGCUCAGAAUGCUGUCUCAUACAUGCCGACAACUACCUCACAAGCGAGAAGGGCGUAUGGCUGAAUCCCAACGUCCGGGUUGCGUACGGCGUAAAGACAUAUUACCAGGUCAAGACGGACCGCUUCCCCAACCAUUUCUGGACCGUGGUCGGCGCGUGGGUUAACCGGUUUAAGGGCUGGCACAUCGUGGUGCAGAGUUCGCUGGAAGCCCGGGUGGUUCGUAAUAGGGUAGAGCAGUGGAAGCUCGAGGACCCCGGUGGAGAUGUGCGGCGGUACGAGCCCGGAGAGGCCUGUCUCAUCAAUGAGAUGCAGAUCAUGUGGUCCAAUGGAUGGAAACACUUAUAAUAAUAUACCCAAAGUACCUAGGUUAAGGCGAUAGAUAAAAAAGGGGGUUGGUUAGAAAGGUGAGGAUAAAUAAAACAAAAAAGUCAAUGGGAUCUGAGAGAUAAUACCUCUUGAACACCACAAUAUAGAUACAGUCACUAUAUGAAGGUACCUGUCCAU